AUGGAUCUUGUUGACCCGGAGCCUGUUGUGGCCCCAGAGCCUUUAGCUGCUCCUGACCCUGCAUUAGAGCAUGACCCUGUUCAAGAUGAUGCACCAGCCAUUGCACCCUUUGUUGAUGAUGUACCCGUUGCUGACGUUCCUGUUGAUGCUCCACUCUUGAUAGAGGAUCCUGUUGUUGCACCAUUUCCUGAUCCUGUGCCGGUGAUGUUUGACCGUGCACCUUUUUCUACUCAUGUAGAUCCACGUUACGCCGACACCCGUAACGGGUGGAUCGAUGACGAUGACGAUUAUCCACCAUUUGUGUUCCCUGUUACACCCCCAGUAGCACAUGUGUCUGCACCCACUGAUGUUCCUUUGUUUCCCCCACACACCACGGAUGUUCACUGCACUGAUCUACCUAUCACGUUUCUUCAGGACAUACCGCCGCCGCGUCCUGGAGAGGGGUCAUCUAGGCAGCCGCCUGUUCCUGUUCCACCCAUGCUGUCAUCACCUUUACCGUUCACAUCACAGUUUCCUUCUGUUGCACCACCUACUGCACCAUCGUUCAUGCCAUCGAGCGAGCCAUUCUUAUGGACUACGCCCCCUAUCAUGCCACUGUCUGACCCGUACCACCCGUACCAUGUUGGGUACUCUAUGGAGGACAUCCUUAAAUCCUUGAUGAUAUAG